AUGGGCGACGCCGCGACGGCGAGCGACGCCGCCGCGGGGUCGAAGAUCUUCGUCGGUGGACUCGAUCGAACCGUGGAUGAGGGCGUGGUGCGGAAUUUUUUCUCGCAGUUUGGCCCGGUGGUCGAGGUGCUCGUCAUGCGAGACCCGCAUAACCAUCAAAGCCGCGGCUUUGGAUUCAUCACGUUCCAACGGGACGACAGCGCGAAGGCGGUUUUGCAAAACCGGUACCACGACAUGCUCGGGAAGCGCGUCGAGGUGAAGAGCGCGGUGCCGCGCGGACAGGCGCCGCCGCCGCAACGCGGACCGCCGAGGAGCUCUCAAGGGUACGGUUACGGCCAGCCUAGAGGCGGUGCCGGUGCUCCAGGUGGACCGGGAUACGGCUACGCCGGUGGUCAACAAUACGGUGCCCCACAGGCUGCCGGUGCGCCGGGAUCCUACGACGGUGCGAACCCGUGGGGAGUGAACGCUCUCAGCGGCGACGCCGCCGGCGGUCAAAAGCCGGGCUACGGUUACGCCGGCGACGGCCCCACGGGCGCCUCCGGCGCCGCCAACGCACCGAGCCAUGGCUGGACCGAGCACACCGCGCCUGAAGGGUACGUGUACUAUUACAACAGCAGAACCGGCGUGAGCCAGUGGGAACGUCCCAUGGAGCUCGACUUCCCGAAGUGA